AAUGAGAAUAUAUGCCCUGUUUGUGCUGUUGAUGUAUGCAACAGCAUUGAAUUUCGAGGCAUCUCUGAUGUCCCAUACAUUAGCAGAAGUAGAUGCUUUGGACACUUCGCAAUUGAAUUGCCAAACUCCUCGAUCACAUUUUGAUGAGUUGGAGUAAACCUUGACUCAAUGGUAGAAUGUUUUGGAAAAUAAAGAACGUAUCCCUUCACAUAUUGAAACAUUAACUGAAAUGAAACACCUAAUUAAACACAAGAAGUAUUAGUAGCUGGUUGAUAAGAUCAAAGAUUUGGAUCUCAUAUCUCCUCCAGUGCUUUCUGAAUUAUAAAACAAAUUAUAAGGAUUGCAAUCUCAUGGUAACAAGUUUUAUUUUAUUUUUAAGAUAAACAUGAAAGAGAAGAAUGUACAGAAACAUUAACUAAAUUGUGUGCUUAUCUUAUUAAAUAAAUGAAUAAUGUUCACUAAUAAUGCUAAUAAUCACCAGUUACUGUCAUCAAAGUCAAAGGUAAGAUAGAUGAUAUCAAAAUUAUUCAAUCUGGAUGCUAAUAAGCAUGUCAACCUACAUGUCCAGAUGAACCUGUACCAGAAGUUCCUUCAGAAGUUGCAAGUGAAGAAUUUACAGAAGAGCCAGUUGAAGAAGGUGUUCCUCCAACAACUCCAGAUGAUGAACCAACCCCAGAUGAACCUACUCCAGAUGAUGAACCCGCUCCAGAAGACAAGCCAACACCAGAUGCCCCAGAGGUACCUUAAGAAGAAGAGGGCCCAACUGAUGAGCCACCAGUUAAUCCAAGUUCUGAAGAAUCACCUGAAGAGCCAACAGUGCCAGAAGAUGGAACAGAAGAGUGGACUAUUCCAGGAGAAGAGCCAGAAGAACCAAAAUCAGUACCAACUACACCUGAUUCACCAGAGGAAGAUCAAGAAGAAACACCUAUUCCACCAGUCUCUCCUGAUCCUUAAGAAUUCCCAGAAGAAGCUGAAGAAUAAUUUAUUUUUGAAGAAACUCCACUCCCACCUGUCUCUCCUGAUCCAUUUGUAUUCCCAGAAGAAGAAGAAGAAUAAUUCAUUUUUGAAGAAACACUUCCACCAGUUUCUCCUGAUCCUUUAGUAUUCCCAGAAGAGGAUGAAGAAUAAUUUAUUUAUGAAGAAACACUUCCACCUGUUUCUCCUGAUCCAUAAGUAUUCUCAGAAGAAGAUGAAGAAGAAUUCAUUUUUGAAGAAACUCCACUCCCACCAGUUUCUCCUGAUCCUUUAGUAUUCCCAGAAGAAGCUGAAGAAUAAUUUAUUUUUGAAGAAACACCUGUUGAUGUAGAAUCUCCAAUAGUUUGCCAUUCAUCUGAAUCUACAGAGAAGAUAGAAUUAACAGCCACUUAAGUUGAACCUGGAUUUACAAGCACACUUACAAUAACAAAUGAAUAUGGAUUUGGAUUAUACUUCUAAAAAUUAUAAAAAUAUCCAGCCUUCGCUGAUGGUGAAGAAUUCCAUUUAGCCAGUUUAUAAGAUAAUGGAAAUACAGUUUUGGGAGUAUUUGUAACUAAGACUGGUGUUAAAUGUGUUACAGCUGAUGGAUCAACUUAAUAAUCUACAUCUGUAUAAAAUGAUGACUUUGAAGGUGAUUGGAGCUUUGUAUUUAUCAGUCAUGGUAAAGGAGUCACUGGAUGUGGAGUUAAAUUCUUUGAAGAAUAACCAGCUUUGAGAUAAACUCCUGCAUCUCAUCCAAAUUUCAGUACUUUAGAAUUCAUUAUUGGUGGUGAAUAAGAUUCUCAUCCAUCAUUCUAAGGUUAAGUAUAUGGACAUUUUGCAGUCUCAGCACCAAAUCUACAUUUCCAAGAUGAAAAAACAUACAAAUAAAUAGUUGAUUCAUGCAAUAUUCCUCCUGAAGAAGUUUGUGAAUUGGAUACACAUGAAUUAGGAGAUUUUGAAUUUUCUGGAUUUGAUGAUAACUCUGAAGAAAGAUAUGACUUUUCUACUUGGGAUUCUGGUUAUUCAGUUUCUGGUUGGUUCAAAUGGGAAUCUUUAUAAGAUUAAGAUGUUUGGCACACUGUCUUUAGAUUGUCUGAAAAUACAAAUGCUGAUUUGGAUGAUAUUUAAUUAGGAGAUAGAGACUUGGCUCUUUAUCUUGGUAAUGAAUUGGUUGGCAAUCGAUAUUAAGUUACUACUUAUACAUAUUCAGGAUCUGGUAAUCCUAAUUUAUGGGAUUCAGUUGAAUAUGGUUCAACAUUGGGUUAAUGGCAUUAUAUUUACUUUGGUUACAGUAGAAGAACCAGAUAUGCUAAUUAUGCUAUUUAUUUAUCAGAGUCAGAAAUGCCUUCCAAUUAAAUACAUGAUGUCCGUCAUUAUCUUGUUCCAUAAAGAAGACUAUAUAUUGGUAAUGAUGGUUUAUAUCCUGCAUUCAAUGGUAAAUUCUAUAAUUGGCGUGUAAAUUCUUGUAUUGGUGAUGUUGCUAUUGAUGUUGUAAAUCCACCAAAGGAUAUUAUAUUUGGAUACAAUCCUUAACCUGAAGUUCCAUAAAUUGAACCAGAAGUAUUACCUGAAGAAGAACCAUUUUGGCCAGAGGAAGAAGAAGAAUAUGUUCCUGCUAAUCCAGAAGAGGUUCCAUUUGAUAUUCCAUCUGAAGAAGAAUCAAUUUGGCCAGAAGAAGAGGAAGAGUUUGUUCCUCCUCCACCAACUUUAAUCCCCGAAGAGGAAUCAUUUUGGCCAGAAGAAGAGGAGGAAUUCAUCCCUGUUCCACCCCCUGAAGUACCUCCUGUUAUUCCAGAUGAAGUAAACCCUGAACCAAUACCUGAACCUUAACCAUAACCAGAACCAGAACCUGCUCCUUCACCCUCACCUAAACCAGCACCAGGUCCAGCUCCUCCUUCUGAACCUUAAGUUCCAGUUGUCUUAGAGUAUUAUAUGUUAUUUAUAUAUAUAAAGAUGUGAAGCAACUAUAGAUGUUACUAAAGAAAACGCUGCUGAUAUUUUAUGUGCUAUCUCAGAAUAUUUAGCUUAAUUAGCAUCUGGUCAUGUUCCUGAAUUAGGUAUCAAUCCAUCAAGAGUAUGUUUCUGCUUGCAAUAUGAUGAUAGUAAUGAUCAAUAAUUAAAAUUAUUAGGUGAAUCAAAUGAGGCAUUUAUGCAAGUUGAAGCCAUUCUUAAAGAAAAUGAUGCAUAUACUAUCAACAAAUUAGUUGGCUAAAGAAGAAUUUGA